AUGCGACGAGCGAUGGAACGAUUGACGCGAGGCGUCGCUCGGGCGUCCGAGCGGGCGAUGCGGGGCGCGAACGGAGGGACGCGGGAGCCCGUGAGCGCGGUGCGCGCGGGCGCGGUGACGGCGGUGGUGACGGGGACGGCGGCGAGCGCGAUCGUCGCGGGCGGUGCGUCGGCGGUCGCGUGCGCGGGCGAGAGCGAGAGCAAGAACGCGCGCGCGGCGACGGAGGAGAAGAGCGACGGCGGGAAGGGCAUCGGGAAGGGUGAAACGAAGACACCGACGGUGGUGUUCGUGCUCGGCGGACCCGGGGCUGGGAAGGGGACGCAGUGCGCGAACAUCGUUCGGGAUUUUGCGUUCGUGCACCUGUCGGCGGGCGAUUUGCUUCGCGCGCACAUGAAGAGCGGAAGUCCGGAGGGGAACAUGGUGGCGGAGAUGAUCAAGCAAGGACAAAUUGUCCCGAGCGAGGUCACGGUGAACCUACUCCUCGAUGCCAUGCGCGCGAGCGGUGAGGAUCGAUUCCUGAUCGAUGGUUUCCCUCGCAACAAGGAGAACCGCGACGCAUGGGAGAACACGGCGGGAUUCGACUGCGACUUUGUUCUCUUCUUCGACUGUCCGGAAGACGUGAUGACGACGCGGUUGCUCGGACGCAACGAGGGGCGAUCUGACGAUAAUAUUGAGACCAUUAAGAAACGUUUUGUCACGUUCCGUGAGAGCUCCUUGCCGGUGAUCAACUAUUACGAAAAGCUGAACAAGGUCUGCACGGUGAACAGCGACCAGUCUCCAGAGGACGUGUACGCGCAAACGAAGGGCUUCUUUUCCAAGUUUGCGUAG